AUGGAUACACCGUUAUCAUCCGUUCAAGAUUCCAGUCUUAACAUUCAAUCGUCAGCCACCUCUGAGCAGUACGACAACUUCGACGUACAAGCAGUUUCCGUCAAUACUGAAACACAAAGCGAACUCCAUCGAGGGUCCUCUCCAUUUGUAUCAGCUAUCAGCGACUCUGCCCUUUCCGACCAGGAGAACCGUUCUCCUUCAAAGUCACGACACUCUAGAAUUCUUUCAGGGGCGACUCUGUCACCGCUCAGGAUCCUUACCGACCAGCAAGACGGGAGGGACGGAAGAACGACCGACAGAGGUCACGGUCCUCGCAGCCCUCGAAAGGUGUCUCCCGAGAAACGUUUUCCUGUUAAGAUCAGUAACUCCCUCGACACACCGCGCACCUCCCGUGAGAGCACAAUGAGCUUGGAGGACGCUGUGCGACAGAACUCAGGCAUCAAGCAAGCAAUUGAUAUAUUUGAAGACGAACAGAGUGUGCUGGAAGACGGUCGCGACACCAUGGACGUUUCUUCUGGCAAUGUCAACAUGAACCCUGAAGGGGAGAUGGAGGUCGACGAGUCCUUAUGCCCAGAUGAAUCAAUGGUCAGCACAUUUAGCACAUUCUCAGCUGUUCCAAACUUGACCAUGUUCGCCAAACUGGGACAGAGCCCUACCAAGCUGUCCGACAUGGGCAGUCUCACACCUCGAGCCAAAACAAAAGCUGAUCCUUUACCAUCAAGAACACCACAAGCCAGAACAAAACAUGACUCAGGAAAUACAACAAGCCUGUUGGACUUUACAGAGCAGCUCCGUUUCCCUCAAAAGACUCCCUCAAGGGGGGGUCUAUCUCCAUCCCGGACGGCUCCCAACGUGGCCGCGACCCCCUCUCGUGGCUUUUCCAACCUCAUUGACUUUGAUAUCCCUCCUAUGCCCACACCCCGCAGCGUCCCUAGCAUUACUGCUCGGGAACUCGAGUCCCUCAAGUCAAACUUCUUGUCCGAGAUCAGUUCACUCAAGGCCUCAUUGAGUGGAAAAGAGGCCGAGGUGCAAUCACUCAAGGCUGCGGUUGGUGAUGCAGAGAAGCGUGUCGGUGAGUCUCAGGAGCAGCUUCGCGAGGAACAGACCAUCAAGGAGCAGCUCACGGCUGAAAAAGAAGGAUGGGAGAACCGUGGACGCGAAAUGGAGAGUGUAUUGCGCAAGGUCAGGGAAGAGAUCGUGGAGAGUCAAAAAGAGCAAGAAGAACUAGAACAGAAGCUGGAGGAGAGCGAGAAAAGGCGUGAGGCAGCCGAGAUGCUGCACCAAGAAGCGGAGAGCAAGAUCGCUGGAAUGCGUGCUGGAAAGGACACAGAAAAGUCUUCGCCUGAAAAGCCCAAGAACACAACGGACACCAACCAUGAAGUUGAGAUCGCUGUUGAGCGUGUAGCUCGUGAGCUCCAUGCGCUGUACAAGAGCAAGCACGAGUCUAAGGUCACUGCUCUGAAGAAGUCAUACGAGACCCGAUGGGAGAAGCGUGUGCAAGGACUCCAAAGCAAGAUGGAGGAGCUUACUGAGGAGAAUGAGCGUCUACGGGCUAGCCAGGAUGCUAACAUGACCAAGGUUGACAGUGCUGAAGCCGAAGCUGAAGCUGAAGAACGCAGAGCACAAGCAGUACGGGACAGUGCGGCGAUCAAGGAGCUCACCGCCGAUAUUCAACGGCUUGAGGCUGUUGUAAACACUGUGCAGCUCGACAACGAGUCGCUUCGCAGCAUGCUUGGGCGGGAACGUGUGGAAAAGGGCGAGCUCGUUCAGCUCGCAGAGGAGAUGAUGAGUAUGCAGAGCUUUGUUGCUCAGACGCCCAAGCCUCAGCAACAGCUACAGCGCCCUCAAUCUGUGUCCCGCCACCCACACGAGAAGCAACAUGAAAGAGAGCCAGAGGCUAAGACGCCCAAGCGAAGCGCGGAUCACUUCAGGAGUAGUGUCAGCCGCGUUUCUGGACUUCGUGCACCUGGCUCAGCACUCCGAGCACCUCAUGAGCGAACCAAGAGCACAGGUGGAUUGCCUCGUCCUGGUGGUGCCCGCAGCGGCAUUAUGAGCUCCAUCGAAAAGAUGGGCAACUAUCGGGGACGUGGAGGCGAGUAA